AUGGCAGAAACAAGCAGUGAGCAAGAAUUAAUCGCAAAAGAUGAGUCCCAGGAGGAUCGUGGAAAAAUUUCCACCUGGUGGUUCCUGGGAAUCACUGGCGUUGCGGUUGGAAUCUACCUGCUGGUCUACUGGAACUGGGUCUCAAUGCCGACGGCCUUACGGCGUGCCGACGAGUCUCGUCAUCCGGAACGGUUCAUAGCCGAGGUGGCAAAGCAGCAUCUUUUCGAAAUGAGCAAUGUUGGGCCGCGUGUUGCGGGGAGCUACGCAAACGAGGUGCUUACCGUAGGCUUUCUGCGCCGUGUUAUCGAAGAGGUGGCCGCAAACGCACACCCCGCUCAGCACGUGGAUAUUGAGGUGCAGCGAGCCACCGGCGACAUGUUCCUUGACUACACCAACUACCCGCAGACGAGUGUUUACAGGGGCAUUCAGAAUGUGAUCGCGCGGAUCGUACCGGCCACAGGACCCGACCCGGACAACUACCUGAUGCUAGGCUCACACUUCGACAGCGUUCCUCAGAGUCCGGGAGCUGGCGACGACGGUACGAUGAGUGUUGUGAUGUUGGAGGUACUUCGGAAAGUGUCCCAGCUGCCGGAACCGCUAGCGCACGGAUUGGUGUUUGUGUUCAAUGGAUGUGAGGAAAACACACUGCAAGGAUCGCACGCGUUUGUGGCGCAUCAUCGGUGGUUCCACAAGGUGCGAGCGUUCAUCAACAUGGAUGUGGCAGCCAACGGUGGACGUGACAUUAUGUUUCAGGCUGGCCCAAAGUAUUCGUUUCUCAUGAAGUAUUAUCGCGACAAUGUGCCACAUCCGUACUGUACGGCAGUCGCAGAAGAGCUCUUCCAGGCGGACCUGGUGCCAUCGGAAACCGACUUCUAUGUGUACUCAAAGUUCGGCAAGGUACCGGGGAUGGAUUUCGCCCACAGCACCUGGGGCUAUCUGUACCACACGGCGUACGACGCGUACGACACCAUUCCGAACGAAACGCUCCAGCAUACGGGUGAUAAUGUGCUGGCGCUUACCAAAGCUCUCGCCAACGCCGACGAGCUGUACGCCAUCGGUGAGCACGAGGGUAGCAAGGCGGUCUUUUUCGAUUUUCUCAACUGGUUCCUGGUGUACUAUCCGUUGUGGGCUUCGAUUCUGCUGAAUCUGGGACUAUCGGCGGUGGCACUGGCGGCCAUAGGAGUAUCCCUGUGGCUUACGAUGCGGCGUACAAAAGUUAGCCUUCGCUCCAUGUCGAUCCAAUGCCUCGUGAGUGUCGGUGUGAUUCUACUGUCGAUCCUCGUUGGCGUUGGUUUGUCGCUGGUCCUUGGCAUCAUUUUGAACGCCGUCGGCUCAUCGAUGAGCUGGUUCACCCAAACGUGGCUGAUCUUUGGGUUGUACAUUACUCCAUAUUUGAUCGCUACAUCGACUGGACCGUUUCUAUUCACUAGAUUUGUACGCAAUGACCACCUACCGUUACAAGCACGCGUUCAGCUCCUUCUCCAUGCUACCUGCCUCAUAUACAUCAUAAUACUGAUCGUACUAACGGCCAUGAGUAUACGUUCCGGGUACCUUUUCACGCUGGCAAUCCUUUUCUACACCGCCACCACGUUGGUGAACCUACUGCUUCAGCAUACCACCAACCACUGGAUCUACGUGCACCUGAUUGGCCAGAUAAUACCCAUCGCGUACUACAGUUCGGUCUCACUAACCUCCUUCGCCACCUUCAUCCCGAUGCAGGGCCGAGGCAACGCGGGUUCUAAUCCAGAGCUGCUGAUUGGCCUCUUCGGCGUACUCAUUGGGCUACUGAUCGCGGGCUUUCUGACACCGUUGGUUGCACUAGCCCGUAAAGCGUAUCUCUUCAUUGGACUUCAGGUGGUUUUCUUUGUGGUUUCGAUCAUUGUCAUGGUAACGGCUGCCGGCUUUCCCUUCCGGGCGCACGUCACACCUCAACGGUACUACGUUUAUCAUAUAGAAAGAAAUUUUUAUCAUCAUAACGGCACGCUGCGGCGAUCAGAGUCCAAGUUUUACCUUCACCCACAGGACAGACACACACCCGAUCUGAUUAUGGACGAGGUGCCGGAGAUGGUACGCGCCACCCAACUCGGUGACGAAUGCGACCGUGAGCUGUACUGUGGCAUUCCGUUCUACCAGAAUAGCCACCACGGGCAGCGUGAAAAUGCGUGGUGGUUACCGGCGGGAAAACCCAAUUUUCCACAGCCCGUCGACUUCCGGCACACCGGGAGUCAGUACGAUCCGGGGACAAACGCAACGACCUUCCGCUUCCGCGUGACCGGAACCGACCAUAUGAGCUUCUACGUGUCGCCCGUCUAUGGCGUAAGUCUGGUGGGCUGGAGUUUCAGUGACGCCAUUCCUCGCAGUGGACGCUCUUGGAAUGGGCAGGAUGUGCACUAUAUAAAUUUCGUGCACGGCAUCGACGACUCGCCGUAUGAGUUCAGUAUCACCACGCAAGGCACGGCCCUGAAGCCUUGGGAAGCGGCUUGGCAUUUCCACCUCAACGUUGUAGCCCAGUACAUGCACCACGAAGAGUACCGAACCGAAGAGUUUCGAACGUUCAUUGGCCAUUUCCCCGACUACGCACACGUGGUCGCAUAUCCGGCCUAUCUUGAAAGUUGGAUAUUUUAA